UCUCGACAUGCAACGUCCGACGUGCAAGUUGCAUCGGUCCACCACCCCUCUCCUCAACGCAAACCUCGAGCUUUCUACCGCGCACGCUAUUUGUCGUAGGUGGUUGUGCCCGCAUCUUGAACGGCGAAAGAGACAUAACGGAACUAGUCCACCCGCGGUGUGAUCAGCGUUUUUACGUUGCUCUGCGCAGCCAUCGUGUAAACCCUCGUCGAUGCCAUCUUGACCAGCCGUUGACUUGUGACCCCUCUAUCUCCCAUUCAUGUCAUGCUGGUCCCGCUACAAGGACUACACUCCGCUGUGGUCCGAAAAUUCGAGCUCCAAGUCGAGUCCCCGCAAAUAUGGCUUCGUGGCCGUCGUUCUGCUCGCAGUAUCAGGGAUUAUGAACAUUGUCUUGUGUAGCAAGCUAUCCAAGAAGUGGCCGCUUCCUCUCGAUAACUAUCAGCCAUUAAACAUACAGCCGGUCGUCAACGACGAGUUCCUCACCACGUUCCGUGCACCUGAUCCGACCGGGAAUGCGAUCGUGACGAGUUUAUACACCGACUCGUAUGCAACCGCGAUCGCCACCCUCGGCCACUCGCUCAACAGAGCCAACAGCACCGCGAGCCGCAUCUUGUUCUACCUUCCCGAGAAGAUCUCCCCCCGCGCCCUAUGCAUUGCGACAUCCACCGGCUUCGUCGCCCGCGCAAUACCACGCAUCCCUCCUCCACGUAACGGCCAAGGCGUCUUUGAGCACUUCAUGGACCAGUACUCGAAGCUCAACAUCUGGACGCUUGCCGACGCCGGCAUAAAGGGCGCCGUUUACCUCGACGCCGACACGCUCGUACUCCGCAACUUUGACGAGCUGUUCGACCUGCCGUACAACUUCGCCGCGGUGCCGGACGUGUACGUCGACAACCCAGGCUUUUCGCUAAGCUUCAAUGCGGGCGUGCUCUUCCUCCGACCGUCGACUGCCGUGUUUCAGGACAUGCUCGCCAAGAUCGGCACUGCGUCGUAUAACAUGCACGAGGCGGAGCAGUCGUUCCUCAAUCACUACUACGGAGCCGAGGCGGUGCGCCUUCCAUACGCCUAUAAUGCCAACCUUGCCAUCAAGAAAAGGGCGCCGGAGCUUUGGGCAGACGUCAAGCGACAGGCACGCAUCGUGCAUUACACGCUCGUCAAACCGUUCCUGAAAGAAUUCGACAACUCGGGCGCAACGGUGGUCGAGAUACGGCGGAUGGAGGCAAACGUGCAGAACAAGAUCUCUCAAUACGGAGGUCUGUUCGAGGAGGAGCUGCGGGAGUGGUUGGAGUUCUGGAUAGAUACACGACGGACUCAUGCCGACGCGCUGACCGAGUGCGGUAGUGCCGCAGCGAGUCCUCCAGUUCCAUGAUGCACAAUUGGCAUUGAGCAGUGUCGCUGUUCUGCAUUAUCUGUACAGCAAGGUGGCACGUUAUGUCAGGACUGUCCUUUAUAUUCAUAUUAUUGUAUUCGCAUUGCACGGCUGAAGCUAUAGACUAAUACACCGACAGUUUAUUGUUGCUCAUGCAGUUAGUAAGGUCAUCGCGUCUAAAACGCUGAGACGCGAAGACAGCGGAUUCGGUCUCAACGCACACAUUUUCGUCAGACAGAAACGCGAGACGUCGUCUACAAGCUGCUUAGUUGUUGGACAAUCUAUGUCGGUCUGUACAUGUGUACUAGCAGUCAUUCGGGGAGGGGAAUAUAUUAGGCCUG